AUGUCAAACGGCUAUACAAGCGUCUCAUUUGGCGAUGAGGAGGAAGAUGAGAACUACGAGAACAUGACAGAGUACAAUCUGAAAGAGCUCACCCUCUAUGCUAUCGAUUGCAGACCCAGUAUGCUAGAAGCUGAUCAGAAUGGAGAUAUACCUCUCUUAGUCACUCUCAAAAGCAUCCGAGCAAUAAUAGUAGAUAGAAUUGAUACCAGACCAAAUGAUCAAAUUGGCAUCAUCCUGUUUGGCACAACCGAGAAGAACAAUUCACAGGACAAGGACCACAUUUACAUUCUACAGCAAAUCGACCUUAUCGAUGCACCUCGUAUUAAAGAAUUAGAUCUCUUGAUAAGCAAUGUUGGCUUGAUUAAAGACAGAUGCGGCUCGUCUGAUGCAGUGUUUCCCUUUAGCGAUCUGCUGUGGGUGUGUUCAAACAGCAUUGCCAAUCCAAACGCCAAACAGUACAUCAAAAGAAUCAUUAUCAUCACCAACAAUGACGACCCAACAGAUGGAAAUGCCCAGUACCGCAAAACAGCCAUUCAGAGAGCCAAAGAUCUCCAGGACAGUCGCACCGAGAUCAUCUUGUUUGGAUUAAAGGAGAAUGAAGACGCCUUUUUCGAUCCAAACUUGUUUUACGGCGAUAUUGUGGUCUUUCCUGACAACGAUGAUAAGCAAGAGGAAAAGGAUGAGUUUGACGAGAGGAUCUUUUCGUCGAUUGGCAAUUUAAAGGAUCUAUUCGACAAGAUCAAGACCGUUCAAACGAGCGCACGAUCUGAAUUUAGAUUGCCAUUUGAGAUUGGACCCAAUUUGACUAUCGGUGUUCGAGGUUAUAAUAUGGUGCUGGAGCAAAAAAUCGGAGCGCCCAAAUAUUAUUUUGCCGAAGGAGAGCAAACCCAAGAGGUGAAAUCAGUUACUCGCUGGAAAUGUGUGGACACAAACGAAUUUCUCACUCCGACUGAUAUCAAAAAAGCAUAUUCAUAUGGUGGAGAAGAUGUUGUGUUUACAGAGGAUGAUGUUGCAACAAUCCAGACAGUCAACAAGCCAGGUGAGCUACGAGGCAUUGUAUUUGUUGGCGAUAUUUUGAUCUGUUAA